UCAAGAUGGAAGUUGUCUUUGGACUUUUCACCGCUCCCCGGCUUUCUGCCUGCCUUUGGGGGCUUCACUACCUUUCCGACAGUUUUACAGCGAAGACACUGACUGGAGUCCAGAAAACAGCUUGCAGAAACAUAGACUAAGGACUGCUCACAAAAUAAAACAGAUGUCAAGUCUCUUGGAAAGAGAUGGACUCAUAUUUCCCAAACAAGAACACAUUGCUCUCUGUGGAUGAAUGAAAAGGCAACUGGCGAAACAUCUCUGGAUAACUGUACUCGAAGAAGUUACUGGAUCUAUAAUCUGUUUGUUGGAUUAUCACCUGGUGUUAGAUUACUGAAUAUACAGCUGCUGGAUUAUAUCGUAAAACGUGCCAUCAGCGGAGAAUUUACAAGAAGUAAACACUGUUACUCCAGCAUCCAGCUCUGAAAUGUACUGAGGUGUCACUUUUGCUGUUGGUUCGAUGGUCGGUAGAAGAAGCAACUGCUUUGGGAUGUUUUUGUAACCUCCCUUAUUUAACUAAUAACCAGGAGCAGGUUCAUGCCAGAGGGUGCAGAUUGCAGUUGGUAUCAUCCAGCUCCUCUACUGAGGAAACAAAAGCAGAUCCAGUUCUCCAUUUUCGCCUGCCGUCAAAAGCAGCUCUAUGGGAUAGCACCGGCUGUCCACCAUGCCAGUAGCCAUAAGGAAAAGAAGUUGGGAGGAGCAUGUAACUCAUGCUUCAGGAUUACAGUACAGUUACGAUGAUCUGGACCUGGUCUGCUGUCAUGGGGUGGACAGUGAGGGGCCUUGGAUGGGAGCAGGGGCUUCCAAACAAGGUCGAAGGACGAGGUGUGCCUCCAUGCCAGAGUGCUGCCACCAACUGACCACAGAAGACCUGGCUCAGACACUUGAGGUGGCAGCUUCUGUUGCGAAUGAUGAUACUGGAUCAGAUGAGUUGAAGCUAUUGGAAAGCACUGUGAAAGCUCCAGUGGGUUUGCAGGAGGAUUCAGUUCAUGGCCCUCAUGAGUUGGUAGGCGUUAAUAUUCCCCAAAGUUCCACUGCAUCAGGGCAUCUCCAGGACAUGGAGAAUUCUGGAGAUUUUCACAGUAACUCAAACAGUGGGAUGUCCAGGGGAAAUAUUUCUUUUGCAAGUGAUAGCAGCAGUCACAGCGAGGAAGCCAUCAGUGGUGAAUGUGAAGUUGGCACAGACAGCAGCCAGAGACAGGGCAUCUGCAAUGACGAUAAUGUCUUAAAAAGUCCACAUAUCUCACGUAAAGAGCAACAAUGCAUCUCUAUCUCUUCAAACAAUGGGCCUCCACUGUCUGAAUCUGCUGGUGAGAAGCCUGGCAACCUUCCAAAUCAUCAGGAAACAAAGGAGAGCCAUACAGAGGGUUACAGCAGACCUCCUGAAAUCUCUGAGGCCACACUAAACCGGUCCUCUGCUGCUCAACUGGAACCUCAAACUGACCUUCCAGAUGUAGAGGAAGAGAAGAUUUCCAGCUCUGGCUAUGCUGGUGUAAGUGUAACCUUACCUGUUCAGCACAGUUCACUUAAUAUGAUGGAGAGCGAUAAUGUGAUGUCACAGGCUACCAAAACUGUGGACCCAGUUGUGACUUUAGUGGCAGAUGAAGUAUGUGACAAAGGAGUAACUGAAAGCCAGAGCGCAGAUUCCGCUGACAAGCUGGAUGGAUUAAAUGACCCAGGAACUCUAAAUGAAAAUACAGGAUUUAAGCAUCACUCAGGAGACGUUCAAGGAGGAGAGCAGGAUCAUCAUGACUGCACUGUGGUAUUGGAUCAGGCUCAUGGUUGUGAAAUAUCCCACCAGACACUGUUGGAACAGCAUAAUGUUGAAAUGACAGCGAUGAACGGGCCUCAGGGAGAGAAGAGUGCACAAGCAGAAGGCAGCGAGAAAGAAGCAAAAGUCAGGUAUGGGCCAAUCACAUCGUCUGUUAUCUGUUUCAAAGGUCAGUGUUGCUCUGUGACCGUUAACAGCAACGUUUCAUCUGAAAAACUGGAUGCUGGAUAUUCAGAAGGCAACCCUGUACAGACAGACAUUACUCAGUGUGAAGAGCAGAAUGUGGAAACAACAACCUCCAUAAGUCAACCAAUAGCACACACUGAUGAAAGCUCAGUGUCCAAAGAGUUGGCUUGUUGUGAGGAUCAAGCCGUAGCCCAGCAUUUGGAAAAUAGCAGUUCAAAACUGGGUACUAUCCCAGAAGUUAGCCACCUUGAGCCAGAUGACACCCCCGGACUGGAUCCUCAAAAGAACACUGCCUCAGAUUUCACCCAAAAUCCACAUGUUCAGCACUCUCAUACUGAUGAUACACUUGCAGCUUCUGAUCAGCACACCGAAAACCUGCCAGCAUGCUCUGCAGAGGUCAACGAUGAGCUCUCACCAGAGGGACUCCAUGGCAACCAGGCCUCUGGUUGUUACCUCAGUGAGUCACCUGGCCCUGAGGUGGCAGAUGGUCAGAGAGAACAGCACAGGCCAGAAGCCACAGUCUCUAGAAUGGAGGCUGCACACACCAUUAUUUACAGUGACACACAACUUGUCAGUCCCGUUUUAGAUGAAACGAAUGAGCCUGGAGAUCAAAAAGAGGAUAACAGGGUCAAAGUGCGCAUGAGAAAGCAUGAGCAUUCUCGUCUGGACUCAAUGGUGUUGCUGCUGAUGAAGCUGGACCAGCUGGACCAGGAAAUUGAGAAUGCCCUCAGUGCCACCUCCUCUAUGGACAGCACCCCGACCCUCCAUCGACGACAACUCCUGGAGUUUGAUUUAGGAUCUGUGCCAGCAGCAUCACAAAAUCCACCUCAUCCACACGUUCCUGCUGCCUCAACUUCAGGGCCCGCACCAGCCCUCGGAGCAAAACCUAAGAGUGGGAGCACCUCUACCAUUCCUGAGACACAAAAAGCUGAGAUCGAAGCCAAAGAGGCCUGUACCUGGCUCCGAGCAGCAGGGUUCCCACAGUACGCCCAGCUUUAUGAAGAUGCUCAGUUUCCCAUCGACAUCUCUUCAGUCACCAGGGACCAUGACUUCCUCGAUCGGGACGCUAUCGAGGCUCUCUGCAGGAGACUGAACACCCUCAACAAGUGUGCUCUAAUGAGACUGGAGAUAUCGCCGCAAAGAAAAAGAAGCGAAGACUCGGAUGAGGACGAGCCUUGUGCCAUCAGUGGCCGAUGGACCUUCCAGAGGGACAGUAAGCGCUGGUCCCGUAUGGAGGAGCUGGAGGUUUUUUCCUCACUGCCCUCAGACGCUGCCCAACCCCCUUUCCCCAAGGACCAAGUAUCCCAGAAGGGCAAGCUCGCCCUGCGUGAAGGCAAUAGUUCGGAGAGUGUGCUGACCGACCUCAGCGAGCAGCCUGAAGUUGGCUCCAUCCACAGCAGUGGGAGUGGUGGCAGAGGAGAAGAGAAGAGCCAUGGAGCUGCCCUGACAAGUGAAAUUUUACCUGCCGGCGCUACUCGUGCAAGCUCUGUAGCUAGCAUGUGUUCUUCCUCGGGCACAGGCGGGUCAGGAUGCGCAAAUGAGGACUCCCUGUCUGAUGGGAUGCCUCCAUCACCUCUGGAGACACUCGGACAGUUCACCUUUGAUGUGAAAACAGGCAUGGGGGGACUGGGAGGAAGUCUUGACAGAGGAGGUGGCAGCGGCAAAAGCACACGCUCAAGAGCGAAGAGCUUCCUCAAGAGGAUGGAGAGUCUACGGCUGCGUAGCGGCACCACCUCCAAGAGAAAGAAGAAGGGGAGCACAAGUGGAGGGAAGAUAGAAAUCAGUGGCCCUGUCAUCAAAGAGGGUCUGGAUGAUGACAAGCUGCGGAGGCUCAAUUGUGUGGACAUCUCCAGUAUCAACCUCAACCAGAACCUCAAUCACCACCGCAAUCCCACUCAGACUAUGACACUUAACCGCAAUCGCUCUGUAUCCUACUCCACUCAGACCAGCAACGGCAGCACUGGAAGUACUGGGAGCAGCCAGUCUGAAGCCAGCAGUGGAAGUGCAGUGAGCACUCCAAGCCCAGUGACUCGCGCUCGCAGCCACAGCACAGCAGCUGGCUCCAGUAAGAGAGGAGGAAUGUAUUUGGAGGGUUUCGAUCCUUUCAGCAUUCCCCAACAAGCUGCAGAUCUACAGCCAACACCCCCACCCAAAUCUGCCCCACCCAUCCCCUGCCAAGCCAGUAAUGGGAUGACAGUGGAUGAGCAGAACCGCAGGAACAACUGCAGUGUUCGAGACAAUAGCAGACAAGCUGAAGAAGAAGAAGAAGAAGAGGAGGAAGAGGAGGGCAUGAUCUUCUUCUACUUACCAGAAGGUCACAAGCCUGGAACCUUCCCCAAAGCCCUGCAGGACGGGAGUUCACGCAAUAACAACGGGAAUGAUAAUGGGAACUCAGUGAUCCUCAGGGGGCGGCAAAGUCGACGCCAGCGGCGUUGCUCCUCAGGGUCUGUCGACAGCCGGCUCAGUUUUUAUGACAACGUCCCCUGCACUGAGAGGGAGGAGGAGGAAGACAGGGAAGAGGGGGAUGAACGCAAACUGGAGCAAGUGCUGCAACAUGUCAGCGGCCUGCAGCGGUUUGUUAAUGCAUGGUCAGAGGCGGUGGCUGGCGAAGAGGAGGAAGAGGAGGAGGACGAAGAGGAAGAGGGAGACUCAGAUUCAGCACUGGACUCAGCCUCCCCUUGUCCGUCCUCCCCUCUGCAAAACCGGCUGGAGGAGACGGAGAACGGGAGUGAUCAAGACAGCACAGGAAACCCGCUGGGAGAGGGAGAGGGAGAGGAAGGGAUGAGGGAGCGAAGAGAUUCUGGUGUUGGGGCAUCUCUAACCAGAACCAGCAGACCACAGAAAUUGCGCUGGCCGAGCUUCCAGAACUCCCAUCGGCCCAGUUUGGCAUCGGCCCAGCUCCAGAUUAGCUGCCAGUCUGUGCUACAGAUGAAUCUACUCCAGAAGCUCUCCCUGCUGCAGCUCACUGCUCUGCUGGAGAGACACACCCCGACAAAUAAACAUGGCUUCAGCUGGGCUGUGCCAAAGUUUAUGAAGCGGAUCAAGGUGCGCGACUAUAAAGACAGGAAUGUGUUCGGUGUGCCGCUACAAGUCAUCGUCCAGCGGACAGGCCAGCCCCUCCCUCAGGGCAUUCAGCAGGCCAUGCGCUAUUUACGCAACCAGUGCCUGGACCAGGUGGGUCUUUUCAGGAAAUCCGGCGUUAAAUCUCGUAUCCAGGCUCUUCGUCAGAUGAACGAGGCGAGUGGCGCAGACGGAGGGGGCGUCAACUACGAGGGCCAGUCGGCAUAUGAUGUCGCAGACAUGCUAAAGCAGUACUUCAGAGAUCUGCCAGAACCCCUGCUCACCAGCAAACUGUCUGAGACCUUCCUCCAGAUUUACCAGUACAUGCCUAAGGAGCUGCGUCUGCAGGCGGCGCGUGCCGCUGUGCUGCUGCUGCCCGACGAGAACCGCGAGGCUCUGCGGACACUGCUGUGUCUGCUGAGCGACGUGACAGCCAGCGUGUCUGAGAACCAGAUGACUCCCACCAACCUGGCUGUUUGCCUGGCGCCAUCCCUCUUCCACCUCAACACCCUGCGCCGCAAGGAAAGCUCCUCGCCAAGGGUGAUGAACAGGAAACAGAUACUGGGAAAGCCAGACCAGAGAGACCUGAAUGAGAACCUGGCUGCCACUCACGGCCUGGCACACAUGAUCCAGGAGUGCAGCAAACUCUUCCGGAUCCCAGAGGAGAUGAGUCGCUGCAGGAACUCUUAUGUGGAGCAGGCGCUGCUGCCACGACGCCUGGAAGAGCUCGCUGGUGAAGAGGCCGGGCAGGGAGGUUACAGGGCCUUCCUCCAGGACAGCCUGGACGCCCUCCUCAAAGACGCCAAGGACAAGUUUAAAGGUUACGACAGCUGCUCCACGCCUGAGCACGCAGAGCUGGCCUGUAGGAAGGUGCAUGAUGGCUUUCCUCUGCGGCUGUGGAAGGUGACCGUGGAGGUGCCUGCGGGUCCUGAGGAGGUUUUGACUCGAGUGCUGCGGGAGCAGGGCUACUGGGACGAGGACUUGCUCGAGAGCCGGGUGGUUGAGACCCUGGACGAGAGGACGGAGGUCUACCAGUACGUCAGGAACACUAUGGCUCCACAUCCCACCAGAGACCACCUCGUGCUCAGAACGUGGGUAACAGACCUGCCAAAAGGAGCGUGUGCACUGGUGUGUACGUCUGUGGACCAUGAAGGAGUGCCUGUUGUUGGUGUUCGGGCAAAUGUCCUCACCUCACGCUACUUCAUUGAGCCCUGUGGAACCAACAAAUCCAGACUCACACAUAUUUCUAGGAUCGACUGCAGGGGUCGUUUCCCAGAGUGGUACAAUAAACUGUAUGGACACAUGUGCGCCACCGAGGUGGCGCGGAUACGUGACUCAUUCACCGUGCCCAUGGACAAAUGAGAAAGCAAUGUGCAAUUUGGGCACCGACAGACUUGACAGCUUCUUUGGACCAUAAUUUAGAUCCUACAGAGGACUCAAAAUGACUCAUUCCACCCAUUCCAGCAGAGAGGUCGAUGGGGUCCAAACCUCUUUACACUCACAUUUAAUGGACAAAUCCUGGAUCCUGGAUUGAAGGACUUUUUGUGUUUUUGCUCUGAUUUUGUUACAACAGACUGAUGUUAUCGUCUAAAACUGUUCUGUCUGGGCUUUCAGUGUGCUCCCAAGAGGACUCGUGUCACACAAACAUUUCUCCGGGCCAAAGGACAUGAUGUCACUGAUACAGGAUGUGAGAUUUAUCCAAAGGGUGCUAUUGCUUCUGAGAAGCAAAGUGGGGUGUGUGAGUGUGUGUGCAUGAGUGUUCAAAGCAACAAACGGUUAAUUAAUACAUAUUCCUCACACUGGUUUUCCAGUGGCAGCAUAAUGUGUACAUACAGUAUUCUGUUCACAGUAAUGGUUUAUGUGUGUCUUGUGUUACCUCUGUCUCUUUUUCUGUUACAGUAAGGCACAGGAGGAACAGUAGAGAAUAUUAUGGUCAGCUGAUUGAUUAAUCCAUGGGUGAAGAAAGAUGUGAAUGUGUUAGGAACAUGCAGACUGAGCAGAGACAACAGACGGGAUAUAGUGAGAUGACAGGUGGCUGAUAGCAUCGAGGGUUUUAGUGUUUAGAAAGGCAGAGACAGAUGAGAAUCGGUGGCUGGCUCACCAAAAAGAGAAGUAAGGAUCAAAGAAAUGGCCUCAUUUACUAACAUACAAAUAAGACAUCCCCUCAUUUUGUUCUUGAAGACACGGACAGAAUUAGUCACUGUGCCGGGAACCAGUCACAAAUGCAAAAAGGCAAUUUUUGAAUAACAGUAAGAGCUCAUCAGUAGCUGUUUCUGACUGAGGCUCAGUGUUAGAGAUGGGGAAUGUUGCUUAUUUAACAGGAUUUAAGAUUUAAGAUGAAUAGAUCUACAGCAAUGGACCAAAUUUGGAAAAAAGCUAAAAUAAGUACUGAGCUUUUCCUCCUCUAUUAAAAAAGUUAAUGAUAGUGUUGUUAAGUGCACACGCAGUCAGUUGUUAUAGGCCGAACUUCACUUACAUAUACACGUUGAUAAAAAAUAAUGAUUUCACAAUAAUCCUGAUGUACAUGAGAACAGAAAAAAACAAUGCACUGUUCCAACCUGCAACCUCUGGCUAGUCCUAUAAAAGGUGAGUAAAGAGAGAAAACAUGGUCCUUUUAUAAAGGUGGAGAUUUUACAGGUUUUACUGUAAAGAAGAGGGCAGACUGAAUGUUUGUAUGAUUUCAAAGGAAGGAAAACGAUCUUUUGUGUAAGCUUCUUUCUCCGUACUGUCUUCUUCAGUGUUAAAAAAAGAAGUAAGAGAUUUAGGUUCCUUGAAACCUUCUUUACUCAUAACACUCACGCUUCAAUCUAAGGGCGCACAUUUUUUUCUGUGUUGAGUUGUGUGAUUAAUUCGCUAAGCCAUUGUUCAUAUCGUAAAUGUCUGUACUUUUAACUGUGUCUCUGCCAAAUAAUAACGCAUGACAAUGACAGUUAAUUUAAAACAAAUAUAUUUAUACCUCAGAUAUAUGUUUGUUUUGUAUCAUACCAUUUUAUUUUAUUUUAUUGUAAAUGUUAAGCUUUGUGUUACAGAAAUGAACAAAUGUUUUAUCUUUUUUAUUAAUAUUAUUUCUGUACAGGUUAAUCAAAGUGCACUAUUAAAUGUAUUAAAAUAAAGUAAAAAAA